CUAUGUGACUGUAUGGAUGAUUAAAUAUUUAGUUUAAAUUCAAGGUAAAACCAUUGGUUGGUAUCUUGGUAUCAGAGUUCAGAAGAUGGGAUGCAAUAGUAUUAUCACAUUGCUAUCAGUGUAGCUUCUCUGAGCUCCUGAAGACAUUCCUCCACUCGAAGUUUAAACAUUUUAGAGCAUCUCUACAAAAAGCUUAUAUAAUUUAUGCCAAGAUUAGACCUUAAAAAAAGGUGUUCAUAUUUGUUUACGGUGAGGUGGAUGGAGAGGAGGAUGGGAGGCGGCCGCCGCGACCACCACUCCCGCUCACUACUCCACCAACAACAACUACUACUACUACAGUAAUCGAGAGGACAUAAUAGUCACCUCAGUCUCGUAUAUAAGAGGAAUGGCUGAGCCGGGAGCUGGGACGCUCACGUGUCUCAGGAUCGUGGAAGCAUUCUAGUCAGUUGUGGCCAGUCGGGAUAGUCUAGUCAUGUAGGAGCUGCUUCCCUCCUUCCAUGUACCCACGCAAGCUCUCCAUUGUCCUUCAUAUGCAUAAUAAGGAGUCUUGGUUGUGAUGCGUGGUGGAGGGUGGGCCCGGGCAAUACGGGUGGUGGGCGUAGUAGUACUGCUGUGUGUGGCAUGGCUCCAGCUUGCACUCCCUCCACUACCACAUGACCCACAGUCUGCCUUUGGGGGUAGUGCUCGAGAGACUCCAGAGCUGGACCCUGCUCUGAGUUUUCAACGAAGCCCUACUUCAAAGUUCCUAAAGUUAAAGACGCAACCUUCAAGUUCCUCCUCUGUCCCUAAACUGACUCCUGAGCAAAUAUUGGAGAUACGUGAGCAGAUCCAACUUCGCAGUGGUAAUGAAACGGUUUUGAAUGAAGAAUUAUUUGGUCCAGUGCAGCCUGAUACUAUUGUUAUAGCUGUUCAGGUGCACAAUCGACUCGAGUAUUUACGUCAUCUGAUUGUGUCCCUUGCACAAGCCCGGGACAUAGAUUCUGUUCUUCUGAUAUUUUCACACGAUUAUUUUGAUGAAGAUAUUAAUCAGUUAAUUACAACCAUUGACUUUUGUAAGGUCAUGCAGAUUUUCUAUCCACAUUCUCUACAGACACACCCACACAGCUUUCCUGGGGAGUCACAAGGGGACUGCCCAAGAGACACGACACCAGAGGAAGCUGCUCAAACUAAAUGUGUAGGCACACCAGACCUCUAUAAGCAUUACCGAGAAGCCCGGUUCACACAAACUAAGCAUCACUGGUGGUGGAAAGCCAACAAAAUCUUUGAUGAUGUGUGGAUUUUGAAAAACCAUACUGGGUUGGUCUUGUUUUUGGAGGAGGACCAUUAUGUAGCCGAGGACUUUUUGCACAUGCUUCGACUUCUGACAGCUGCCAUUCCUCGAGCCUGUUCCAAAUGCUCGCUUAUUACAUUGGGAAACUAUCUAAAGAAUUACAACUUCCACACAGAUGCAAGAAAGGUUGAAGUGACGCAAUGGGUGUCUUCAAAACACAAUAUGGGGUUUGCAUUCAACCACACAGUGUGGCAGCAGAUCAAAGCUUGCAGUGCCAAGUUUUGUGAUCAUGAUGACUACAACUGGGACUGGUCAUUGCUACAUGUGAGCAACGCCUGUCUCACACAGAAACUGCACACCCUUGUCCUUCGUGCACCUCGAGUCUUCCACAUCGGGGAAUGUGGUGUUCAUCACAAGAAAAAGGAUUGCAGUUCCCGUACGGUUCUUGUCAAGGUGCACCGUGCAUUACAAGCUGGACAACGUACGCUAUUUCCACGUCAGCUUGUAGUUGUACAUACACCACCAAAGAAGGCUAAGAAACAUAAAGGCAAUGGUGGGUGGGGUGACGAGCGGGACCAUGCACUCUGCCGAUCGUUCAGUGUGUCGACCUCUCCAGAUAGCAGCAUAAUAAAUACCCUUGUGAUUACGGGUUCACUGGUCAGUAAUAGCUCAAUAAACAGCAGCACACUAGUCAGAAGUGGCUCUUGAUUAUGGCAUUGUACAUUUUUUCUACCGACUUAGAUGAGGCAGAAUAUUAGUGAAGGUAACCUUGGGCUGAGCUCCAUCAGGCUUGUACAAUUUCGUAAUUCAUUAUAUAUAAUGUAUCUAUUUCUACCCAUAUAUUUAUAAAAGUUUAUUUUAUUUUUCUCUCGUGAGCCAGAGGCUCGAGGGAGUUUUGGCAUGUGAAAGGUAGCUUUCAUUAAGGAAACCACAUAAAGAAGUGGUACCAAAUAUUCUUGACAAUCGAUUUAGAUACAGCUGCAUUAGUUAACAAGCAGUUAAUCUCCACUACUUGAUAACUCGUACAUUGUUUUCGAGACAGGUCUUGUGCGAGGUCACAAAGCACAUAACGCUAGUUUAUUAUGAAUAGGAUGGGUAUAAAAUACCAGCGGGUGCCAAAAUACCUCACUAUUUUGCAUAUUCUCUGGAGAUUUUCAUCUCGGAAUUGGUUGAUUUUGCACCAGCAGAAAGGUCAGUUUGUGAUAUACCAGUAUCAUUAAGGUAUCAUUUUGUGAUAUGCUGGUAUCCUUAAGAUAUCGUUUGGUGAUAUCCUGGCAUCAUUAGAGUAUCAUUUUGUGAUACCCUGGUUUCUUUAAGAUGUCAUGCAUUAACUUAUUGUAAGGUCCAAGCUUUAUGAUACUUUUCUGAUGCUGUUGAACUGAAUUAUUCUUGGCUUGAGAGUACCUAUUAUAAGUUAAUUAUAUUUUUGUAUAGAUAUUUAUUAGUUUGUGUGCAUAUUUUGAGUUAUUUUGCGUAUAAAGCUUUUAUCUGGUAGUAUUUUCACUUCAGAAUGUGUCAAUAUUAUGUGUGUUUUUAACACUGGAUCAUCGUAUAUGUUGUUUCAUGGAGUGAAAUGCAUGUUAUGGCUUGCAGAUGCAGUCAUUAACAGAACGACCUGGCAUAAGCUUUUCCAAAGAACAGUUGCGUGAAUGGUUAAAGGAAUAUGUACCGUUUAUUGUUAUCUUUGAUGGUUACAAAUGUCUACUGCACAAAUUUGAUUGUACCAAUAGUAAUUUUGUUCUACAAUAUUCAUGAUGCAUUGAUGGGUGCUCACAUUGUAGUUAUUAAAGCUAGAACUUUAAUAACAUUAUUUGCUUAUUUAUGUUCUUUCAAGUUGUGAAUUUUAAGUGUCAAAUAGAACUGUUUGUAUUAAUACAAUACACUAUGAAACUUGUUUACCUAUAAGGCAACCACUGAAGGUCAAUAUCCAUAGACUUGCUGGUAAACCAUUACCCGUCGUCAUGAUUAUUCUCUUGGAAUAUUCAACAUAAAGAGAGUUUUCUUCAGCUUCUUGCUGUCUAAACUGUUUAUGAAAGAGUUGCUAUAUUUUGAAGUUUGCUACCCAGGAUUAUAAUAUUUAUUUAAAACUUUUUCUUAGUUUGUAUCAUUGAUUGGUUGGGAAUUACUAAAGGAAGAAAUGGCUACCAUGUGCAUAUUAUUUUAUUUAACUGUUGUAACUGUGAAGGAUGCUUUCUCUUGGCUGUUAAGUCGGCCCAUUCUCUUCAUUUGCCGCUCCUUAAAAAUGCAACUGUUUUUGCCAAAAACCAAAAUGUACGAGCCCAAGCAACUAACCUAACGUAUUGAGGUCUAUGAAGAGAAAAUGUCAAUAUUAUGGAGCUUCCAGUUUUUAGUAACAAGUCACAUUUUUAACCGAUUGGUCAAUUUUGUAAUAAAGUGUGAUGCAUUAGGCAUGAGGACGGGUUGGUCAAGUAUGUAUUUAAUGUAUUUACUUUAUACACAGUAUUCCAUUAAUCCUAAGUCAGAUUAUAAUCCAUACAGUAUACUGAUUUAAAGUAUAUUAAUACCAGUAUCUAUAACAUUAUUGAUCUCUGUAAUGGUCUUCAGAAAUUGACAGUACAACACCUGCUUGAUAAGAUACUAGCAAGCAGUAGUAUGUUCAGGUUCCCAUGUUUCAUCUUUCCUAAAGCAAGUACAGUAUUGUUCUAUAUUUAACUCAAAUGCUACUUAGCUCUGUUGAUGACUAGGGCGUGACGAACAGGAUGCUGCAAAUAUCAAUAGGACUUUGAACUUGAAUGGUGCCAUUAGGCACCUAAGUACAGUAUCAUCAUUAUCCAAUCAGUUUAUACAUCAUGUAGUAUUUACAUUUGUAUAUAUGAGUAUUGGCUCGACUAUGAAGAUGUCUUAUUAUUUACAGUCUUAAAUAUUAGGAUAAGUAUGCAGUGAAAGAAUUAAUGUUGCUUUUUAUAUUUUCAUAGCCCCUCUGUUUGAAUUAAUUUAUUAUUUUUUACUCUUAAAGGUCAAUUGCAAUUAUUAUAGAAGUUAGUAGAAUUAAAAUACGUGGUGUUAUUUAUUAAUUUUUUGGUUGAACAAAAUUUAUUGUAAAACAAUAAUGUACUGGAUACAACAACAUGCGAAGGCAGUAGACCUUCCAAUAAUAUGGAAAAACAUAAUAUCAGUUUUUAAGGAGACAGUCUAAUGGCCUUAAAUUAUUGUGCAUGCCAGUGUCUCUGACAUUAAUCACACUAGAAUUUGCUGUAGAAAAUAUCCAAACAUCAGGCAUAGAGUAGUGGAAAAUCUUUGAAUGAGUUUGAAUUGAAUUUGAAUUUCCAAUUAAGGAAAUUGUAAUUCAAAACUGGAAAACAUGUGUUAAGGGAAAAAAAACUCCUACUAAACUUAGUUGUUGAAUUGUAGAGUAGUGACCAAAGGUAAGGUAAUAAUCAGGCCUCCAUCAUCCUCUGCUGUCAAGACACUUGAUUACUAAGACCCGGUUUGGUGCCUUCUUUUGAUAAUUACUUACUUACUUACUAAGAUGGAGAAACAAGCUGGCAUAUACACUAGAUUAUGUAUGAUGCCUGUCUAAUGGGAAAUUUUAGUAUAAUUUGGUAUUAUAAAGCAAUUUAUAAUGACAACAUUAAGGAAAAAUCAUGACGGUACCAAUAACUCAUGACAAAGUGCUAAACCUAGAGUUUAUUUUUUUAUUUACUUUAUUUAUAUGUACAAGAGUUCUUACAUUCUUGUAAAGCCACUAGCACGCAUAGCAUUGUGAACAGGUCCUUAAUCCUAAUUUUUUCCCGGAAUAGAAAAGAUAAGUUCAUUGUUAGAAAAGAUAAGUUAAUAAUAUAUAUAUCAUAGCUGAAAUUUUAUCCUUGAUUGCAUAUCACCUUUAAGAGAGUAUUUUGAUGUGUUUUUUCAGUUAGAUUAAUACCUUAAAGAUUAUUUUCCAUGGCUUGAUGUUAUUUUAAAUGCUCCAUUUUUUAUUCAGGCACAUUUGUUCCAUUGCCAUUUUUCAUGUUCCAUUCAUGUACAUUCUUUGAUCUUUUCUUUAACUCAUAAGUUACAUUUUUGAAAAAGAUUGCCUCAGUACAUAUACCAGAGGGUGAUUAGAAAUGGGAAAGUAAAGUAGAGAAUAACUGUUUAUGUAGGUGUCUGUACCUGCCUAGAUACUUUUAAGCCUUUUAAAUUAACUUAAUUGGCCUCCAGGACACACAAACAGCAAUUUUCUGGCUGAUCAAGCAUUCACCUGGGAAACCCGGUCUCAAGCAGUACUGUGGCACUAAAAUAUACCAAAAAACUGGCCAGAGGUAAUGAAUGAAUGUGCACUGUUUUAGAAGUGAGCAGCCAACCAUCAAAUAGGUUCUAGUGAGAAUAUGCCCAAAGAAAAUAACUUCUUUUCUUUUUAGAAUAUAUAUAGCUCUUAACUUUAGCUCUUAACUUUGUAUAUAUAUAUUUUUGCUGUUUUUUUUUUUUUUUUUUUUUUUUUUUUUUUUUUUUUUUUUUUUUUUUUUUGUAGUUUAUGUAGAGUUUGUUCUGGGCACUGGGAACCCUGUAGCCCAUCUGGACCAAGCUUCCUAGUAUGGAAAGAGCAUAAUGCAAUGGGUCUGUCUCAUGCAAUAUAUGCAUUGUGAUAUUGCAAUGUUUUAACCUGAUACAUGUUAAAUAUUUUGCACGUUUUAUAGCCAGAUUUCUUUUUUAUUGUGAAGUACAUAGCAUUCUUUGUAUGCGUGUUUUAUAGCUAGAUUUUGUUUAGUUUGUAAGGUAUAUUGUAUUCUUUCAGGAUGCUGCUUGCAUUAUAAAUUUUGUUUGCCACACUAGAUUGUGAUCUGAUGUGCCAUAUUCGACUAAAAUGUAAUAGAAUCUGUUAUGUGGAGUAUAGAGUUAUGGUCUGUAUCAGAUUUAUAUGUUUGGUAAUGUAGUAUAGUUUGGUAAUUUAUGUAGGUAAUGCACCUUGGUAGGGUUCAGCUGUACCAGAGCACGAUGUGCACAAGUGUCCAUGUUUAGUCUAGUCUGCAUGAUAUACAUAUAAACAGUGUUCUGGUAAUACACUUCAGCUCAUCAAUUACAGUAUAUGUGAAUACAAUAUGUAAUAUAUAUAUUUGUUAAUUUAUUUAUUUAUUUAUGACACAAAGACUGCACAAAUACACGCGACAUUAAUCACUUGAGAACUCUCUUGACCUUACAGUACCAGGAUUCGAACCUCCCACCGGCUGGGACCACCCCCCACCCCCUGGUGUACAGGGUUCUGUAACCACUACAACAAUAAUUGUUAGAAUCCUGGUCAGGUCAAAAAGAGUUCUUGGUGAUUGAUGUCACCAUUAAUAAAAAAAAUAUAUUUUUUUAUUAAUUUAAUUAUAGAUGCACACAUAUACAUACAGUGGGGCCCUUUACUUGUGGAAGGUUUUCAUUUUGGUUGAGACUUCCAGCUUCGUGACAAAAGUCCAAGUCAAGUGAGGUUGUCGGAAUGCAGUACCGAGGAAUGUAAAAACUAUUCAACCAAAUCUUUAAUGGUUAACUUUCUCCAGUUGAUUUUGAUAUAUCUGCUUUAUUUCAAACUGUGCUCAACAUUGUUUUCUAUCUUUUUCACCAAAUAAAACAUGGUAAUUUUUGCUUCAAAAUUGUAAAUAAAAAAGUACAGUAGUGUAGAUAAUAAUUUGACAAAAAAAAAAUCCUGAUGCAACAUAAUCCCCCAGAUUAACAAGAGGGAAGUUGGAUUACAAUGAUAAGUUUGAGUGGGUCCCUCUAUGUAAAACAUGGCAACAUUUGUCGAAAGCAACGGUAAUAUUGUUUGUGUUGAAAAUUUACCUUAAUUUGCGUGUUUGAAUGUCAUCUUCAUCCUGAUGAAUGAAAUACCUUUCACUCAUCAGAAUGCAUCUUUGCAAUCAGCUCAGUCAUACAUCAUCUCAAUUGGUGUGUUCAUCGAACUUGAAUUUAUUCAUCUCCAUCCAUUCAUAUUAUGCAUCCAGUCAACCUAUUUCAUGCAAGUAAAACCACCCAAGCACACUGUUUAUCUGGAAAGCACUAUUUUUACACCAUUUUAUCAGUCAUACAUCUUGUAAAUUUUGCAGUUUAUAGGCUAAAAAUUUGGUACCUUAGACUAAGACUAGUUUGUUUAAAACCGAUGUCACAUGGCUUGAAGUGUCUGUAGAAAAUUGGUUAGAUUGCAUUUGUAUUUAAACAUGUCUGGGGAAGUUAUGAACUUCAUUAUGAGAAUGUGAUAUGAGAAAAUCCACUAGGGCAAUGAGGCAACCCGUUCUCUUAAAAAGAACGUCACUUUUGGCUGGUAUGCGCACUAUGGCCAAAUUUGGACGUAAUUUGAAAUGAAAUCCACU